AUGUCUAAGUUUUACGAUUUCAAACCAUUGGAUGCCAGAGACGAGCCAUUCCCUUUCUCCGACUUGAAAGGCAAGGUCGUUGUUAUUGUCAAUGUCGCCUCCAAGUGCGGCUUCACUCCACAGUACAAGGAGUUGGAGGAAUUGAACAAGAAGUACGCCGAAAAGGACGUUCAGUUCAUCGGUUUCCCAUGUAACCAGUUUGGUGGUCAAGAGCCCGGCAGUUCCGAGGAGAUUGCAUCUUUCUGUCAGCUCAAUUACGGUGUGUCGUUCCCAGUGCUCAAGAAGAUUGAGGUUAACGGCGACAACGCUGACCCUGUCUACAAGUGGUUGAAGGAGCAGAAGAGCGGUCUUUUGGGCCUCUCGAGAAUCAAGUGGAACUUUGAGAAGUUUUUGAUUGACAAGGAGGGCAAUGUAGUGGAGCGUUUCUCGUCGCUUGCCAAGCCCAAGUCGUUGGAGCCCAAGAUCGAGGCGUUGUUGAAGGCCUAA